GAACUCUCCAGUUCAACGCUACUGGGAAAUCGAAAGCGUUGAGCCACUGCGUCACGUGGGGCUUUGCGCAAGCUCUUGGCACGACUUUCAAGGAAGUAUUUAUUUCCGAGAUGGCACCCUGCAUGAACAUGGUCAGCUUCCCGAAGCAAAGUCCAUCGAGAUUGCAAGGUGUUAUGAUGAGCACCAUAAGAACGCGCCGCCCACGUACUACAACUGUAAAUUUCGGGCCCGGCCAGUAUUCCAAUGCGAUUCUCACGAUUCAUAUUCUGAGAUGUCUGACACAUGCAUGCAACCCCGAGCAUGUGCUUGGGCAAUCACCGCGAGCACUUCAGAAUGGCCGCUGCCCCCCGAAACCCCUGACUGCGGCAAGCGAAGCCAGGGCCUUUGCGGGUUUGUGACGGACAUGACAAAGCUCAUCCCAAAGAUGAUGGAGAACAGCACGAGCAUGGACGCUUUCCACGAUGCAAUGCAGGCUGCGGCAGCCAACUUUUCAGGGCUCACCUCCGAAAGCCCUCUGCUUUCUUUG